AUGUCCGCCGUUCUCCAAGAACAACGACAGCCCUUCAACAACGUCCCUUUGUCCCCGCGUCCUGCUUUCACUUCAUCGAACCACAUUGAUCUCACCGCCGACGAUGACGAUGAGAUUUCGGACACCACAACCUCUGAACGCGACAUUGGACGACUGUCGAAGAGGCCACGUAUAGAGCAACCCCAGCAAUCUUCGAAUAACCAGUCUUCUUCCGCACAAUCUCGUUUUACACCGCGUACAGGUCCUGGCGCUUUUCCAUCGGGACCGAGCUACUUUGGUGCAAAUCCCCCCAUGGCCCAUCUCCCGGCACCCAACCAAGGAUUCAACCACAAUGAGUAUCGCCCCGCAUUUGCAGGCCCAUCCUCAGCUAACCAUUUUGGACUGCGCCAACAACACCAGUCGUCGCCGAACGGUUUGCCUGGCCCUUCGACGGCGCCUUUUCGGCCUCAAGUACAAGGGCGUCAACCUCCGCCAACCCAUAUACACAGCAGACAAGUCAUUGAUCUCACAGCAUCGCCAUCGCCUCCACCGCAUCAAGUCAGACAAUCGCAGGAACUGCAGACUGGAGGAAGCAGCUGCGGACUCCCUCCAGAUUUGCCGCCGAAAACACCGGUUUGCAUUGGCCAACUCACAGUUACGGCGCUUAUCUUGUACCCCGUUCCAUACAUCGUCCCACAGGACCAUAACUCGGAUAAUGAAUAUGCUCCUGUUCGACUUCAGUAUGAGCAUGCCGCAAACAAACCAGGCGGUUCCGAAACCAUCCACAUACGCACACCCACUAGCCGCACGCCCAACGGGGAGCCCACUGGCGGUGAAGGUUUUGGAGUUGUCGAACAAAAGGUUGCUACUUCUCUUGGCCCAAUGCUAGGCAAGGGUCUUAUCCGACUCGACGCCAAAAUACGCAAAGGCCGUCCUAAUCUUCCCAUCUUGCCCUUACAAAUGUUGGUGUACACACCGAAGGGAAAUAUCCCUGUUGUAGGGAACUUUUUGCAACAAUGUGGCUUGCUCCUUGAUCACCCUUCGCCGACAUUUGACAUCAAGAUUAUCUCGCAUUACCACUACUUCAAUCCGCACAACCCCCCUCCUGGCGGGCACGCUAGUCGGGGCAUACACCGUGACAUGCGGUGGACCACUCCUUCCAACCCCGGAAAGAGUGUAGAGGUUCAAAGGAGUCAAGUAGACGAAUUGUUCAAGAACCUGAAAGAUGGAGAAGAACUAGCAGAGACGGAAGCAUCGCCGGAUGUUGCCACGAAGCUAUACCCUCAUCAGAAGAAGGCUUUGACCUUUUUGUUGGAAAGAGAACGCGAGCGUUGCAACUCGGACGGUACAUAUUCUUCCCUGUGGCAGAAGCGGAUGCACCCGAUAACCCGUCGGGUCUCGUGGUAUCACCCCGUUACAUCACAAGAGGUUUUCGAAGAACCUCGAGAAUCGAAAGGGGCUAUUCUGGCAGACGAUAUGGGCCUUGGUAAAACGAUCACCUGUGUGUCUCUCAUUGCUGCAACUCUACCCUCUGCUCGCAAUUUCGCCACCACCCCGUUGGAACGACCGCCGCCACUCCCGGGACGUGAUGUCGAAAUGUUGGAUCCUUCCCAUUUUGCUGGGAGCGUUUGGGGAAUGCCCGAGGUCAACCAGAGCGCGUCAUCAAACAAGGGGAAGGCGUCAAAAGCGCAAGACAAGAUGGAAUCCGACUACGUCCGUAUCUGCCGCAUCAAGGCAAAAAGCAGAGCCACUCUUAUCAUUUGCCCGCUGUCUACUGUGGCAAACUGGGAAGAUCAAUUCCGUGAACAUUGGAAAGGAGAAGUCACCGUCGUCGGCGGAAAUGGAGGCUGCCCUCCGCAAUCGAAUGGCCACCAGUCUUGCCCAGCUGAGAAGUCGGAAGCUAAGCCGGCCCGGGUACGCGAGGGCACCCCUUUGCGCGUCUACAUCUACCACGGAAACGCCCGCCGCCCCGACCCUGCUUUUCUUGCAGACUUUGACGCAGUCAUCACCACGUACGCAACUCUGGCGUCCGAGUUCUCCAAGCAAACCCGCAGCACAGCUGUCAACGAAGACGACGAAGAAGACAGUAGUGAUGUUGGACCAACGGAGGUCGACGAGAGGGGGAAUGCAGUCAUCAAGCUUGGGAAAGCAAAAAAGGGUAAAAAACGGAAGAAAACAUCGGUCCUUGCCAACGUUGCCAACGAAGUGUCGAGCCCACUGCAAAGUAUUCAUUGGUUCAGGGUCGUCCUUGACGAAGCUCAGCGCCUGUGCCUAACAGGAACUCCAGUGCAAAACAAGCUGGAUGAUGUGUUCGCACUUAUCAAGUUCUUGCGUCUUUCUCCUCUUGACGACAAGAAUGUUUGGACAGAACACGUUGGAACGCCCGUCAAGUAUGGCCAUGCCCUCGGUAUCGCCCGUCUACAAAGCAUCAUGAAGUGCAUUACCCUUCGGCGGACAAAGGAGAGUAAAACAGCAGAUGGGAAGAAAAUCCUUUCAUUGCCCCCUCGGCGCGACGAGUUGCGGCUCCUCAAGUUCGAUGCUCAGGAACAGGAGAUAUAUGAUCGCUUCUUCACAGAGUCGAAGGCGGAAUUUAACGACCUUUCUAACAAGAACGAGAUCAUGAAGAAUUACGUCGGUAUUCUGCAAAAGAUCCUUCGACUUCGCCAAAUCUGCGAUCACUUCGAGCUUGUUGAAGGCAAGGAACCCGGCGGACAAUCCACGGAGCCGUCACUGAAAUACGAGGACGUCGUCGAUGCCAUAACGAAGGAAGGCUUCACCGCUGCACGCGCCAACGCUAUCUUCUCCAUCUUGCGAGACUCGGCAACCACUCAAUGCGUAGAGUGCGGAGGAGAGCUCUCACCUCCAUUGGACCAGGCUGACUGCCCUGAUGCUGAAGCGACUCCCUCCAAACCCAGGGGUCGCAAGCCGAAGGCGGCCCAAUCAGCUUCCUCAUCCAGGGGACCGACGAGAGCGAGCAGCCCCGUAGUGCCGCGCAUUGUGUUGACCAAAUGUCAGCAUCUGUUCUGCAUCGAAUGCUAUCGAAACUCAAUUUGUCCGGGUUGGCCCAGUCCUUCCUCCGACGCCUGCCGCUCGUGCUCCGUCUGCCAAACUGCCCUUAGUCCUACGGACGCCAUCGAAAUCAAAUGCGACACUCUUGAGAAGAAAAAGCCUCAGAAGAAGGAGAAGCGUCAGAAGGGCGUAGCAUUGGAAAACUUCAGACCAUCGACCAAAGUCAAGGCUCUCAUUUCCGAUCUGAUCCAGUUCUCAAGGAUGAACCCUCAUUCAGCCAACUACGACAACGAAAUCCAACUGACCGACAACCAAGGGAAUCACGUAGAAGCCGAUAUUGUCAAAACCGUUGUUUUCUCGCAAUGGACGACCAUGCUUGACAAGGUGGAGGACGCGCUAGAGGUUGCAGGAAUACGCUAUGAUCGACUGGACGGCACGAUGAAGCGCGAGGAGCGCAUCAAAGCUAUGGACGCUUUGAAGUUCGACCCCGGCUGUGAGGUCCUUCUUGUUAGUUUGAAGGCGGGAGGUGUUGGCCUCAAUUUGACCGCUGCCCAACGAGUUUAUUUGAUGGAUCCCUAUUGGAAUCCUGCCGUUGAAAAUCAAGCUGUUGAUCGUAUUCAUCGACUUGGCCAAACCCGACCAGUUCAAACAGUGAAGCUGAUCAUCGAAGGCUCCAUCGAGGCGCGACUACUUGAGGUGCAGAAGAAGAAGACAGAACUCGCGAACAUGACUCUCGGCCAGAACGUCAGCAAGUCUGAGAUACUGGCCAGGCGUAUUGAGGAACUCAGUCAACUGUUCAACGACGGGCUCGGUGUCUAUGUAGGGUGCCGUCGCGCGGGAGCUCUGACGCGAACUUGUCUCAUGCCACCAACACCAACACCUCUUCAGACCCCUUCUCAGAUAUUCUCGCUCUAUCGUACUUGUCUGAGGGAAAUCCGACAAUUACCUCAUGUCUAUUUGCAAAUAAAGGCGCGAGAUGACAUUAAGAGGAUAUUGAGUUGUCGUCGACCGCAAAUCCACAACCGGAGGUUCAAACAGAUGCAAAAGCAUGUCCUUGGUGUCGCAUACGGUCGGAAGGGUAAAUUGAAAUGGGAGUUGCUAGAGCCUCUCGCAGACCAAACAUCUCUCCCAACUCCACCUCCAAUUAUUCCCGGGGUAGAAAAGUCUCGACCUCCAGUUUAUAGCCCGGCGUUGACAGCACUCUUGACCAGUCCCGAUGCAAGGAAAGCUCGUCGGGCCAUGAGACAAGGCGCGUGGAAGGCAUCGAAUGUUCUUCCGCCUCGUGCAGACCCAGAAUCCGAGCUCGCUCGCCUUUUGGGCCCAUUCAGCAAGCGGCGGGAAGUCAACCUCCAGCAGCGGUUCUUCAAAAAGGCAUGGUCCACAGUUCAUCCACCCCUGGAGGUCCAGGCGGAAGCCGAAUCAGGCUACAACACCUUCAGAAAACCAGAAUCAGUCACAACGACACCCUUCCUUAUGGGUUCGACGACGAUACCGUGA